AUGAAGGGUUCCAAUCCGGCUUCGAUCACCGGAUGCUCGUCUACCCGCCUGCCCCAAUCAUGCGGCGCGAUCGAAUCUUCCACGUGGCAGGGAAACCAGUUUAGGGAUGACGACACGAGGACAUCGAUGAAGGCGUCGUUCAUUGUCUCUACGCUGUUGUCGCUGAGGUGCAGAUGUGAGAGGGUUGGGGAAGCACCUGAUGGCAACGACGAUCUGAUUGAGUGGCUGUAUACGGCAUACAUCUACAUGGCCAUGCUGGACUACCUCGUCCCCUCUGACUUACCUUCCCCUCCCUCCUCGCACCCUUUACCCAGUCCCUUGACCAAUGCAGACGACCUAAUUGAGUGUCCCCUAACUAACGCAGACGACUUGAUCGAGUGGCUGGAGACAGCAUAUGUAUACAUGGCCACGCUGGACUACCCCGUGCCCUCUGACUUCCUCAUUCUCCCCCUCCAGCAUGACUUCCCUUCUCUCUUCCCGCCUUCGAUCUUCCUCUCCUCCAGCUCCCUGACUGAUGCAGAGGUCUUGAUUGCAUGCCCGUUGACCGAUGCAGAUGAUCUUAUCUCAUGGUUGGAAACGGCAUACAUCUACAUGGCAAUGGUGGAUUACCAGUGCCCUCUGAUUUCCUCAUGCCACUGCCCGCCCACCCCAUUCGAGAGCUGUGUCGACGAGUGGACAGUCUCCUCUCAGGUGCUGACCUUCUCGAUUGCAUCUAUGCCGGGCUGUGCAGGCGCGUUAACUCCCUCCCCUCAGGUGCUGAUCUUCUCGAUCGCAUCGCUGCCGGGCGUGGGCGAGUAUUUACAACUACUCAGCUGUGUCGGCGAGUUGACAGGCCUCCCUGCAAGUGCCAGCCUUAUUGAUCGCAUUGUUGCUGGAGUGGGCGUGUAUUACAACUACUCGGGAUCUGAGUCGUGCUUCAGCGUUGGCGAUACGGAUCCCCAUGACAUGUCCAAUGGGUGGGACUUCCAGAAUGGGUGUGUGGGACUGCCCCCAAGUGCUGACCCCCAAGGUAUGGAGAAUGGUGUGUGGGACUGCCCCCAAGUGCUGACCCCCAAGUAUGGCAGCCUGCCUAGUUGCCCGCCUACUGGAGCUUAUGACAUGACAUGUCCAAUGGGUGGGUACUUCCAGUGCCCGCCUACUGGAGCUUAUGACAUGACAUGUCCAAUGGGUGGGACUUCCAGGUAUGGAGAAUGGGUUGUGUGGGACUGCCCCCCAAGUGCUGACCCCCAAGGUAUGGAGGAUGGGUGUGUGGGACUGCCCCCAAGUGCUGACCCCCAAGGUAUGGAGAAUGGGUGUGUGGGACUGCCCCCAAGUGCUGACCCCCAAGGUAUGGAGAAUGGGUGUGUGGGACUGCCCCCAAGUGCUGACCCCCAAGGUAUGGAGAAUGGGUGUGUGGGACUGCCCCCAAGUGCUGACCCCCAAGGUAUGGAGAAUGGGUGUGUGGGACUGCCCCCAAGUGCUGACCCCAAGUGCCCGCCUACUGGAGCUUAUGACAUGACAUGUCCCAAUGGGUGGGACUUUCCAGGUAUGGAGAAUGGGUGUGUGGGACUGCCCCCAAGUGCUGAACCCCAAGGUAUGGAGAAUGGGUGUGUGUGGGACUGCCCCCAAGUGCUGACCCCAAGGUAUGGAGAAUGGGUGUGUGGGGACUGCCCCCAAGUGCUGACCCCCAAGGUAUGGAGAAUGGGUGUGUGGGACUGCCCCCAAGUGCUGACCCCCCAAGGUAUGGAGAAUGGGUGUGUGGGACUGCCCCCAAGUGCUGACCCCCAAGGUAUGGAGAAUGGGUGUGUGGGACUGCCCCCAAGUGCUGACCCCAAGACGGCUUUUGAGGAGCACUGCUUGCAGCAGUACGGCGUUGCUCCCCGACCCACCUGGACCAUGACCCAGAUCGGCAGACAGUCCAUCCGUUCAGCCCUGCGCCAUUUCGGCAGCAACAUCGUGUUCUCCCAGGGGCGCUUUGACCCUGGAGUGGAGGCGGUUGGCCCUCUUCAUGCCAUCCUGAUCCGUUCCUCACCUCCCUACUGCUACCCGCCCUCUCUCUUCCCCUCAUCUCUCCUGCCGCUCUCCCUUUUCCCUGCCUCCCCUCCCCUCCUUUUGUCCCCUCUUCCUCCCUUCCACCUCUCCCAUCUCCACAAUCAGAGUGCCCACCACCUGGCCCUGCGUGCGUCCACCCCAGAUGGCGCCCACCACCUGGACCUAAGGGCGUCCACCCCGGACGACCCCGCUUCGGUGCGGAAGCAGAGGAAGGAGAAGAAGCACAUUCAGAAGCGCCCACCACCUGGACCUGCGUGCGUCCACCCAGCCGAUCCCCCUUCGGUGCGGAAGCAGAGGAAGGAGGAGAAGAAGCACAUACAGAAGUGGAUCAAGCAGUUGCACAAGGACAGGGAGGAGGCGAAGAAGCAAGGGAGGAAUGGCCUUCCUCGCUCUCUUCCUUCUAUAAUUUCCUCCUCUCUCUUCCAUCCCCCCUUUUCCCUUCCCCAUUGCAGCUCGCUCCCUUCCUUUGAAGACGUCUCCUCCACCUCCCUCGCUCUCUUCAUCCUCUCUCUCACCCUCCUCGCCACAUCUGUUGGUCUCUCCUUCUCCACCACACGCCGCGCAGCCCCAUCCGCACCAGCUACCCACCCGCAUUGCAUCACCCGCUCAUUGGGGGGAGACAGUGAUACAGUGAUACAUUGA